AUGCAACGUUCUAAAUCUCACACCCCACCAAAUAGAACACCAUCUGAUAAUGUUAAUCAACGUGUUGGCAUUCCCAUUAAUUCAAACAAUGCUAACACUAACACUAACAACAAUCCCACACCAUCUGUUCCGACUGUUAACAAUAAUUCAACAAUUAACGAUAAUAGAAAUUUACAACAGAAAGGUCUUGAAUGGGUGCUUGGACGAUCAGUUCGAGUCAAAACUUUAUUUGAUGAGGAAUAUGAAGGAGAGAUUUAUGCUUACGAUUUAAGAACUAAUUAUGUUGUUCAAAUUCCAAAUCGUAGAUCAUCAAUUGACAUUUCUACUAAUAAUGAUGUAACAGAAUUACAAACCCCAAGCAAUGAGUUGAUUAUAGAAUGGGGAAUUUAUUAUGGUCAUGAAUACAAUCCAUCUUCAGGCGGACUUGAUAUUUAUCAAUGUUUGUCAGAAUUCAAUUUUAACGAGAUUUUCCAAAUUUAG